AUCCUUUUAAGUCUGAAGGAAAUAUGAAAAAUUAUUAUAUGAUUGACACUUUUCAAUAAAUAAAAAAAAACAAGUAUUUAAACCGGUUAAUUGUUUUGAUUGAUAGGAGAGAAUAAAAUAAAAUGGCCAACCCUAGAAGCAGCUAUGCUCUACCUGACGAACUAAAAGACAACAACAUAAACAACAACAUAAACAACAACAACAAUAGCAACAGUAAUCACAACAACAACUACGACACAGGAGGCUACGACAACACAGAAAACUACAACUACGCCACGAAUUACUUAUAUAUUACAGCACAAAAUGUAAACCAAAGCAACCCAGACCCAAUUUUAGAUCAAGCCGACACUAAUAAAACACCAUAUUAUUUGUCUUUAAUUCAAAAUGAUGAAGCUAAACCUAGCGCUACCAACUCUGACGACACUAGAAUUAAAUCCUGCUACUCAGACCUGUAUUUUAGCAAUGGCAGUACGGACAACCCCAACAACGGCAAUAGUAGCCCCUCUGGUGAUGUCAUCAUCAAUGAUAAUAGAGUCUAUGAGGAAGUCUCUAAUGACUACAGACAUUUAAACAGGGCUCUUCCUGCACUGCCUGUUUCGGAGAUAUAUGACAAGCCAUCUAGGAGAAUCUUUUGUAGCAGCAAAAACCUGAAAAUUGGUCUACCUUUUUUGUUGCUAGCCGUAGGGAUAAUUGCAAUUGUCGUUGGAGUUUAUUAUGGGGUGGUCAAUAAGAAUCUUAUAGGGGCAUUAUAUAUUUCAAGAAACCAAGAUAUGCCUACAAAUUUUACGAAGAGUUUAACAAAUUAUAUGGAUAACUGUGUUCAAAACAAUAGCGUUUAUAGAGACCUGAACAUCCGAUCGUCCAUUUCAACAUACACUAAAGGCUUUCAAUCGGCAGCUACUACAGUUUAUUUCUUCCUUACCAUUAACAACGGGGAAACUGACCUCUACAGACUGUACUACUGGAUCUCAACCAAAUGCUCCAGCGAUUCUUACGGCCAAAUAAAAUGCUUGGACAUAACAACGUGGGAACUCAUGAACACAGCUGACCCAAGGACGUUGAAGUGCGCGGAACCAACCGAAACCUAGCCUCACUAGCCACGCCAAACUACUAACCAGCUUAACGGCUACCAGACUGACAUUUUAUUUAUUUUAUUUUCUUUAUAACAAUUAAAAAGCUGUAUUUUUCAGAUAAGAUUAACAAAAUUAUCUCUAUAUGAUUAUAAUAGCAUAAUCCUGAUUUAAUAUUAAGAAAUAGCUUAUCCAUGAAAAUAUAUAUAUAUAUAUAUAUAUAUAUAUAUAUAUAUAUAUAUAUAUAUAUAUCCAUGAGCUUAGCUGAUGUUCACAUUGUACCAUUCAACUUUUUUGAACCUUUCGUUACCUAUCUCUACUUUUAAGUUUUGGAACAUUCUAUCACAAUAAAA